AUGUCUCACGAUAUUACCGUGCAUUUCCUUGGUACCACUUCUGGCGGAGGCUCGACAGAGACACACAACUCUCCUAGUCUCAUCGUUGACAUGUCUCUUCCAGCUCGCGCUGUUGGGCGGCACAAUCGCUGGCUGGGUUCUUACCGUGCAGUGGAUGCACAAAACGGGAUCGAGCUUGUCCUCAUCGUCGCCCUCCAGUUCAACUCGACGUCGGCGCAGAUUCGCAUCCACGUCGUCGCCUUCGACAUUGUCUGCCUCACCGAACUCAUCUUCUUUGAGCGCACCCUCUUCCGCCUGCACGCCGAGUGUCACCGGCACAUCCACCCGCGGGCGUCGCAGGAGCACGACAUGGCCAUCGCGUUCGUGCCCUGGAACUACCUGCUGCUCCCAAUGCGCAUCGAGGACACUGCCGAACUCCACCGCAUCCUCCAGUCCGGACACUCGCCCCAGGCACGAUCCGCUCUGCCCACUCCCUCACAAUGUCCUCUAGCUCGGGCGUCACUUAACUCAUCUCUCCUCAGCCUCAGCCCUCAGCAGGACUCCCGUCCGCCCCUCCUAGAUGCCUCCAGCCACCUCUUGCAAAAAUAA